AUCACUCUCGCACUUCGGCAUUAUAUAAAGCCUCAACGCUGGAAAUUAAUUUUCACAUUUAAUGUGAAAAAUCAUCGGAAGUAACGUGGCUCUCGACGGGUUGUGGAUGCAAGUGUUUAGUAUGUGUCGUGAGAUUGGUAAAAUUACGAAGAAUUUGGAAGUAGACGGUGCUGAGAGUGUGUGAAGAAUCUCAUCAACAAUGGGUGAUGCUGAGGAAACUAAGAAGAAAAAAAAGAAAGGCUCAAGGAAGGCCUCGAAAUGUGAAGAUCCUGGGGAGGCAGUUGCCAGCAAGGUGGCAAGUAGUGAACCAACUGAAAGUGCUGAAAAUGCCCACCCGGAGGAGCCUGAAGGGGAAGAAGCUAAAUCACCACCAACAGAGGGUGAACAGGGUGAUGCAAAUCCAGAAAAAUCAAUGGCAAAGACUCUGCUGGAUGAAAUCCUAAAUGCACCCCCUAUUGCCUAUCCGGAUGAAAAUCUCCCCUACGAAGUACCCAUCCAGGUUAAAGCGGGCGAUAUAAAUGCCCUGAGAGAUUUGGAUGAAAGGAAACUCAUUGAACUCAAAGAAGCCUUCAACUUAUUCGAUUUGAAUGGCGAUGGAUUCAUUGAUGCGGAAGAUUUGAAAAGUACUUACGGAACGCUAGGGCAGGAGAUUUCCGAUGAGCAAGUCGCAGCAAUGCUCUCCGAAGCAAUGGAUCCAUUGGAUUUCGAUGCUUUUGUCGUUCUUUUGGGCUACAAAACCAUAGAGUUAGAUCCUGAGGAUGUCCUCCUGGAAGCAUUGAGUAAAUGGGAUAAAAACCACACGGGCUUGAUUAGUCAGGAUCGCAUCAAGCACGAUUUAAUGAAUUAUGGCGAUAAAAUGGAUUUGGAGGAAGCUGAAAGUGCCCUACUUGAGGCACCAAUCGCCAAAGGUACCGGCACGGGGUUCAACUGCACAGGCCCCCCUAUGAUUGACUACCCGGCUUUCUGCAAGAUUAUUGCUGGUUUUCGCAAACGCAAGAAGGCACAAUCUGCAAGUGCUAAAUAACGCUACAAUUAUGAUGUUUUGAAAUGCUUUUAAUUCUCAGAAAUAUUAUAUACCAAAUAUAUAGUUUUUUUCUAAGUAAGGUUUGAAAAAGUCUCUCUCUUAUGAUGUGCAAAACAAAGGGUACAUAACUAUAUAAUGUUUUAUAAAAUAAAUUAAUAAAUGUUAUGGGGUUUUUGUGCUAUGAAA